GUAAUGGAUUCUAUGUGGUGCAAUUUAGCAACAAAGAUGAUCUUCUUUUUGCUCUAAAUGGUGGUCCUUGGAUUAUUUUAGGCCAUUAUUUAUCACUUCGACGUUGGGAGCCAGCUUUUAGACCAAAUGCUGCAAGUGUGAUGAAGAUUGCAGCUUGGGUGCGAUUACCGGGUAUCCCACUGGAGUAUUAUGAUGAAGCCUUUUUCCGCCGUAUUGGUAACUGGCUAGGUAAAAUGUUGAAGAUCGAUAAGACAACUAAUGAGCAUGUAAGAGGACAGUUUGCUCGAAUUUUCGUGGAACUGGAUCUUGCUCAGCCUUUGGAGGGUGAAUAUGUGUUGGACGGAGCAACUAAACAGAUAGAAUAUGAAGGUUUAGGCCUUAUUUGUUUCCAUUGUGGGUGCUAUGGACAUAGUAAAGAUUGUUGUCCUGAGAUACCAGUUGAAGGAAAGGAUAAUCAGCAAAAUCAAGACGGGAAAAAAGAUGAGGCUGAGUUUCAGAAAAAUGGAUUAGGUCCUUGGAUGGUGGUGCAACGUCAACGUCGAUCAAAAAUUCAAACUUCAAUGGCGGACAACAGGAAGCAGGAACCGGUUCGAAGGGAAUCAAGGCGUAAUCAAGGGAGUAAUCAAGGGAGGUCCAAACACAGAAACCCUAGAAGCCGUCCUAAUGUUGAAUUACAGGAACACCCCAACCGAUUUACGUUAAGUGGGAUUACGACAGGUCAUGAAAAAGAAAAUCAAAUAAAUGGGAAGAUAGUUGACAGGGGUACCUCAAACAAUAAUACAACGAACUUGAGGAGGCAAGUUGCGAUUCAUAAUAGUAAGGACAUUGGAGGUAAAAGCGGUGGAGAUUCCAUGGUGGCUAGGAGUACUGUUGCUGAUUAUAACAAAGAUUGUUACCAAAUAGAGGUGGAUAAGGAUGGUCAAAAUAUCAACGGCUUAGAUCAUGGCUUGUCCCAACCAAAAGCGCCUGAUCCAAGUAGAGAUAAAGGAAAGCAUAUCCCAAUAAACCAUAAGCUCAAUAUUGAGGUGGAGAUGAUUUCAGAAUCUGAAACUCAGUGCAAUGACAAUGGGAUGGCAGUGGACCCACAAUCCUGCCAAAUUACCAUUGAUUAA